CUUAAAAAGUUGGAAGAGUACGUAGUAAUCAAACCACAUUUGAAAUGGAAACAAUGUCUAUCUCUCGCGUGAAGUCUCUCAAAUUCUGCUGCCUUCUUGCCCUGGGCCUCCUCCAUCUCAUCGACGGUGCAGCUUCACCGGCGAGCGGCUAUGGUUACCCGCCAUGCUACGGUUCGAUUGCAGAGUGCAACGAAGAAGAAGAUCAUGAGCUGUUGAUGGAGUCAGAGACAAGUCGAAGGUUUCUUGCAGAACAGAAAAGGAUCUCAUAUGGGGUUCUGAACCCAAACCAGCCAGUCUGCAAUGGCGGAGGUAGAGGUCAAGCGUAUAGUCAAAAUGGAGGCUGUCUACCACCCCCAUCAAAUCCUCCUAGUAGAGGUUGCUCUAAGUAUUAUCGUUGUAGGACUGGCUCCUGAUCGAAACCUCAUUGAUUGUUGGCUCUAUGACAUUAUCAUCGUACGUCUAUAAUUGUUGGAACCAACUUUUAAAUCUUUGUGAUUUGUAAAUAAAUUAUUUAUUGUGAAA